AUGUCGGCGAACCCGCCUAAGCGAGCGCGCCAGCCGAACUUUACGCAGGGAGAGUUGGCCGCCCUCGUCGAUGGCUACGAGGAGUACCGUCGCGCCAUCGAAAGCCGAGGCGAGGGUCCCCGACGGCCCCAGGACAAACAGAGGGCCUGGGAAACUAUCACAUCGAAUUUAUUCGCUGUGUCGGGCAUUGUAAGAACGCCCGCUGAGGUGAAGAAGAAAUGGUGCGAUGUGAAGAGCGCCGCCAAGGCACGAGCUGCUGUGGUUCGCCGCAGCAGGGCGACAACGGGAGGCGGUCCAGAGGACGUGGCCCCUCUGGACGACUUUGAGUCCCGGGUCGCAAAUACGCUUGAUCCGGAAGCGGUAUUCGGAGUUUCUGGCGGUUUGGACAUUGGUGCCCCGAGUCCAGCUGAACAGCAGCCAGAUGGUGAGGCCACCAAAGAGCUCUUCAGAGCAGGGUGA